AUGCCGAAUCGUGACCGGCUGGGCGCGGCAUGGGUGCUCCUGGCGUGCUGUGUCUUGACAGUAGUCGGGGCCCUCGAGGGAAUCGGUUCAGCGCCAGGCAGAGAUCUUCUGCAGAGGGGGAACCGGGUGGUAAUUAAUGAACAGAAUGCAGGGCGCCUUGCCGAAAUUGUGGAAGACCUGGACAAUGGGACCACAUUAUUUUUCGAUGUCGACAGCAUCGAGCUGAACGAUGUUGUCCAGGUGGACGCAUCGGACAUCACCAUCGCUGGUCGACAGGGAGAAGACAGAACGCGCAUUGUAUGCAGCCGUCGCAAGUCUGGCAUCGAACUGAGGGGAACAGGCGGGUUAUUGGAAAACGUUGUUGUCCAGGGCUGCAAGGAUACAGCAGUCAAAGUUAUCAAUCGCGGUGUUGCAGACCGAUCCCUGGCUGAUAUCUCUGCACAGAUUGAUGUUGCGCCAGUUUCUGCUACAAUAAGGAAUGUUAUUUUCACUGACAACACAGAUGCAGUGAGUGGCAGGGACUUUGGGGCAGUUGGCGGGGGUGGGCUUGGCGUGCAUCCCGGAACGACUGUGUUUGUUGACAACUGCACAUUCAGAGACAAUGGCCGCUACCAGGGAGGCGCAAUUUCAGUUUCUGGUGCAAACUUGACAGUACUGGACAGUGUGUUCAGUGGCAAUGUGGCACAAGUCAGCGGUGGUGCCAUCAAAGUUGUCUUUGAGCAGUCUGCACUGAGUGGUAUCCUUGUUGAUGGCUUGGAGAUUCAGUCUGUUGUGAACAUUACUGGGUGUGAUUUCUCUGGAAACACAGACACAGAAAGUGGAGGUGCAGUAGGGUCUGGCAUCACUACUGUCUCAGGAGCUCCACUUGAGUCAUCCCAGUUCAUCGAGUUUCCUUACCCACCCCCCUCUGGUGGAGCGGUUUAUGCAAAGAAACUGUCGCAACUUGUGGUCAAGGACUCAAUCUUUGAUUCAAACACUGCACUUGCGGGGGGUGCAUUGAAUAUGUUCGACUGCAGUGAGGUGGAGCUAUUCAACAACACCUUUGUCAACAAUGAAGCAAGGGACAUGGACGACGAGCUGUCCCUGGCUCAAGGGGGGGCAUUGUACAUCGUUUCAGUGAGUGACCAGACAACAGGCGCCCUUGCUAGUCACGUGCUCACUAUGAAUAAGUUCGAGAACAACACAGCAGCUUAUGGUGGCGCCUUGCACCUGAUCACAGCUGUUGAGAGUAAGGUGCAGAUAAGUGAGAACGAAUUCAAGAGCAACACUGCCUGGUUGGGUGGCGGAGCGGCUGUGUUUCGGAACACUGGGAAUAUUUUGGUGAAUAGCCUGAAGCUCUUGCGGAACAAGGCACAGGUUGGCGGAGGAAUCAUGAUGGCCAAUGCUGCAGGGAUGUUUGGCUCUGGUGCUGCAACCUUUGAAACCAACACCAUAUUUGAGGAAAACGAGGCCUUGGAUGGUGGAGCUAUGUUUUUCUUGGGAGCAGGUCAAGUCAACACACAAUUCUUUCAGUUUCUGAAGAAUCGUGCCAGGCGGAAUGGAGGAGCAGUUGCAGCAAUGGAUUCUCUUGCGAGUGGGUCAAUAUCUCUUCAAGAUUCUGCCUUCAUUGGGAACUUUGCCCAGCGUGGUGGGGCCAUAUUUGUGGACAGCAUCAGCAGUUUCAGGCUGCAGGUGUCUGCGGGACAGACGAUGGUGUUUGAAGACAAUGCAGCUCUUGCUGGUGGUGCAAUAUACGCUCGCCUUCAAAACCAGGUCCAAAAUGGGCUCACAGUGUCAGGUGCAUUGUUUAAGGGCAACAGGGCAGCUAAUGAUUCUGGCGAUGUUGGCUACCACCUUGUAGAAUUUCCUCAAAGUGAAAAGGCCCAAAUCCCCAAUGAUACAAUGACCAACAGUGUCCAGAAAGCUAUUUUGGAUCCAACCUCAGAUGAGCCAUGCUCCCCUGGUGGUGGUGGUGCAAUAUGUCUUGCGUUGACACGUGCUCCCGAACGGGGCACAAUGAACAUUGUCAUCAUGGACACAGACUUCACUGCCAACAGUGCCUCAACUGGAGGCGCCAUGCUUGUGGCAACAGACAAGAACUCUGUGUGGGUACCACCGUCAGAGUGCACUGCUCGAAAAGCAGGUGCCAAUGCUCUUGCUCCUGUACCUUGUCGGGGCUUGGGAAUGACCAAUGUACGCUUCACAGACAACAGUGCUGCCUAUGCCGGUGGAGCUGUGUUUGCUUCAGACCCAGAAAAUAUCUGGGUUAACGAGGAUGAUCGAGAAGAGUUCAUGCAGCUAUCCACCAUUGAUGUCAACAGCAUAACGAUGAAUACGAAGGGCACAGAAGGGUUCGGGCCGAAUGUCGCAUCCACAGCACGGGAAUUGAAGUUCUCAUCAAAUCUCACAGAGAAUGGCUUUCUUGUUGAAGGUCAUCUUGCGGGCAAGCUGCUGCCAGCCAUAGUUGUGGAUGUGCAGGAUGCAUUUGAUCAACGAAUUUCUGCUGGGGUCACUGAUGCACACAUUAAAGUGACAGCAUCCGGAGACUGCGCCGGUGGCAUGGACUGCAUAUCAGGGCAGCGUACAGCAGACGCACUGAAUGGCAUUGUGGUAUUCGACAGUAUCAGAGUGAAUGCACCUCCAGGAAACUACAGCCUUGUCUUGAGUGCAUCAGACUUGGAAAGGGUUACAGUGCCUUUCUCCAUCAGGGACUGCAUUCCAGGAGAAUUCAACGUGUCGAGUCAAAACAUCUGUGACCCUUGUGCAACUGACGAGUACAGUUUUCUGCCAACUGUACCCUGCAGGGACUGUGAUUCUGAUGCGCUUUGUGCUGGUGGCUCAUCAUUGGUACCACAGGAUGGGUUUUGGCACUCCAGCCCUUUCUCCAUUCAGUUCCACCAGUGCCUAGUGGAGGAAGCCUGCAAACUGGCACCUGACGUUGUGAUAGUGGGAAAGCGAAAUCAGUCGAUGACUACCAGAAGUGAUAUCUUGGCAGACUUCUACACUAACCUCACACUUAAGGAAGUUGAGUUGGCCUUGCAGACAGGAAGGGUGUACAGCAACGAGGAGUACCGGCAGUGUGAGAAGGGCUACAUGGGCAUCCUGUGUGGUUCUUGUGAGCCAGAGUAUGGACACCUGCCCGGGGGAGAGUGUGUUCCAUGCAACUUCAGCAAGAAAACCACUGGCCUGUUCAUUUUGCUGGUUGCUUUAUGGACUUUGCUGUUGCUGGGCUUUGCCAUUCGCAGUGCACUGUCCAGUAUUCGGGAUUUCCAAGAAAUGACAGUGUUGGAGCAGGUUUCACGUAAGAGGCUGCAAGUGGCAGGGCAGAAUGCUGCGCAAGAUGCGGGGACAACGUCACAGAAGGGGAAACGAGAUGUGUCGUUGAGACAGUCUGAGUCCAUGCCUGGGCGUCGGCACGUCUCUGUCGAUCAUAUCAUUGCUGCAGAGAAGGUAUCAGAGACUCUGAAGAUCGCUACAAACUUUCUUCAGGUGACUGGGUUCGCAGUAUCGAUCAACGUGAAGUGGACUUCAGCAGUUAAAAGUUUGCUGGGCUUGUGGGGUAAGUAG